GGGGCUGGUGCAGGGCAGAGGGGGAGUUCUGCAGGGUCAAAAAUACACAGGAGCUGCAAAUCAGAAACUCAGCAGACCUGCGCAACUUUCUAACAAGCAGUUGUUUUUUUUUUACUACUUUGACUUGAUUCUGGUCGCUGCAAAGAUGACCACAGCCGUGGUAACGCCUUUCUUCGACUUCGAAGUAAUGAACAAGAACAACAAACUGCUCAGCUACAACAACAACCUGGGCGCCCCCCAUCCUAUGUCUGUCCCUUGCACUGGCACCAAUGUGCCCAUCUCCAGCCCCACCGGAGCCCUGCUGGACAGGAAGGCGGUGGGAUCUCCCUCUGUGGGAGGUGUGUAUCAGCGGCGGCACUCUGUCAGCAGCACAAAGUUCAGCCAGAACCAGUUUCUGAACAGCCUGAAGGCAGCGGACCACUCCUCGCUCAUCUCAGGGGUUGGCAAUGCCAGCAGCAACAAGGAGAACCGCCUGCGAGACCGCUCCUUUUCCGAGACAGGUGAGAGGCUCAUCAACAAGUGCCUGGGCCCUGCCAGUCCCACCAGCGGCAGCAGCCAAGUGAACUCCAGCAGAUACAAGACAGAGCUUUGCAGGCCCUUUGAGGAGAACGGAUCCUGCAAGUAUGGCGACAAAUGCCAGUUUGCUCACGGAAUCCAUGAACUGCGCAGCCUGAGCCGCCAUCCCAAAUACAAAACUGAGCUGUGCCGCACCUUCCACACCAUUGGUUUCUGCCCAUAUGGGCCUCGCUGCCAUUUCAUCCACAACGCCGAGGAGCGCCGUGGACCUCCACAGCAGUCCUCUCCUCUAAACUCUUCCAACAAGAUCGAGAGGCCUCGACUGCAGCACAGCUACAGCUUCGCAGGCUUCUCCAGCUCAGCUGGGCUGAGAGACAGCCCCACCUCGGUCACCCCUCCACCCAUGUUCUUCCCUGAUGAAGUCCCCGACUGGCCCAGCAGUAACCCCUUUACCUACUCCAGCCAGGAGCUGGCCAACCUGUUUGGGCCCAGCCUCAGUGCCGGUCCUGUAGGCACAGAGCCCAACACCCCUGCACCUCCCUCUCCAACAAGCACACCUUACUAUUUCAGACCCAUGUUGGAGUCCCCUCAGAUGUUUGAGUCUCCAUCCAGCCCUCCUGACUCUCUGUCAGACCAAGAGGGCUACCAGAGCAGCUCUGGAGGCAGCCUGAGUGGCUCUGAGUCCCCCACGCUGGACACCACCCGCCGCCUUCCCAUCUUCAGCCGCCUCUCCAUCUCUGACGACUAAACAGCAUGCACCCACCAAUGACUUUUGAUGACACAAAGAGAACACGGCACUCCCCUCUACCUCUGCCCUUUUCCUAAGCCUCCCCAUCUUCCCUUACACAACACACCGUGUUAGCAUUAUAAGGAUUUAGUCAAUUAAGGGAACUCAAAUUAUCAUUUCAUCCCUGAUAAUCUGCACAGCAAGUUUUAAAAAGUACCCUGCCAUGUGUCAUAGUGCCAAAAAGGAGAGGAAAUUGAACAAUGAAAAUCAUGAGAACAAGAAUUGACUGUUUUGCCAGGUGCCACUUGUUUUUUUUCUUUCUUCUUCAUUUGUUCUUGAAUGUGUAGCAGCACAAGUGGCCUUGGAAAGGGGAGUGCAUUGCACUAGCCCCCACCCCCUCCCUCCCUGCCUGCCUGCCUGCCUCCCUCCCUCCCUCUCCCGUCCCUGACGAUACCACUUCCCCCGAGCUAGCUAGAGGGUGCUCACUAACGUAACUGUAGAUCUACCGCAGCCGUUUUUACAGACUGAGUUAAGACAAAAGGAAAAAAAAAAUAACAGACCCUGAAAAGAUAUGAAUAGUUUUUAAGAAAAAAAAAAGAAAAAAGUGCCUGGGGCGGUUUCUGCAUGUGUUUAGGGUGAAUGGACUACUGUUUGUUUUUGGUUCUUUCUCAUUUGCCCCCCCUCCACCCCCCUGUCACAGUUCUUCUCAAGCCCCGUCUUAUGUAAUUGUGGACUGGGUGAGUCUGCAGGAAGGACUUUGAACUGGAAGUUGGUUAUAACCCCCACCCUCCUCCCUCUGAGUUUUCUCCUCCUGUUGCUGGUCACUGGCUCCUUUUUUUUCUUCUUUUUUUGGGGGAAGGAAGUCUUGAUAUCAAACUGAUCAUUAAACCUGUAAGAUUUUGUCCUGCCUCUCAACCCUGCCUCCCUCCCUUCAUCCUCACCGAUCUGGGGAAUUCCAGCAUUCCCAUGGUGCAGUUGUACAUCCUGCGACUUGAUCGAGAUCGGAUCUCCAAGCUAUUUUACUUUACUUCUCUCUCCCCUCCCCAACUUUAAAGCAUGCUCUGAGGAGCACCCUCUGUACUCAUUACAUCCCUUUUUUGCUUUCUUUAUUUGAUAAUUAUUUUUUAUUAAUGUUAUUAUUAUGGUUAUUAUUAUUUGAAAAACUUUCCAAACAGAAGGUUUUCUUGUCACUGCUUAUUUAACUUAUCAGAACAUAUUUAUUGGUGAUCAUAUGCAUUUUUGUUAAUUUUGUUUUGUAUUUAUCUGGAUAAUGAACAAUAGAAUAUAUUUUCUUUUAUGUUAAAUUAUGAUCUUCCAUAUUAAUCUAAAGAUUGUGAAGACGUUGUUGUCAGUUUUCCUUUUUUCACAGUUUAAUAUAUUGUACUUCAAUGACUUUUGUUCUGCAACUACACUUUGUCAAAAUGAAACUUAAUUUAAAGCAAAAAAAAAAUGCAAAAAAAGAUGUUUUGCGUUUUGAUUAUUUAUUGUACUUUUUUUUCUUAACUCCCUCUUAUUGGACUGCAAUUCCAUCUAAACUAGAUUUGCUUGUAUUCAUUCCUGACGUUUUUUCCCCUCCACACCUUUACAAUAAUCUGACAAUAACAGUAGCUAACUGUUAUCACAUUGAUUCAACUCAUCUGUUUUUGUCUCAGAUCUCGUCCUGACUUUAACGAGAAUUAUUCCCAACAGUACUGGGGUUUGAUGGUAGAAGUAAAGGGGUGCUAAAUAAAAAGACCUCUCACAUCACUGGUUUAGGAGGAUUCUCCAAGUUAGUAAAGACUGGUUAUGUUGAAAUGUCUUCUGUAGGUAACGUUCUUACUCCCAGUCUAUUACAAGCAAUAGCUGUGACCAAAUGGGUUGAGGAAAGUUUAUUUAGUUUUCUUUUAAUUUGAUUGGAUGCUUGAUGCACUUGCUUGGGCCCCCCCUUUCGACCAUUGGAAGUGCCUCGUUGAAUACAUUCCAGGUAGCUAAGGCUUCUCUAGCCUUUUAUAUUUGAUAAUGGAGGAUGAUGAAUUUUUUUUAAGUCACUCGUUCUGUGUUGCCUUCACAUGUUCGGAAAGAGGUGAACAGAUUUUGACACAAAGAAAGUAAAAACUGUUGAAUGUAUUUUUUCAGCCAUGUUUUUUUCACUACAGUAAUUUCUGUGAGUUUAUAUGAAAACCUGUUUUUUUUCCUCUUUUGUAAGUAUUGAUUGCAGUUAAGUCAAUAAACCCCAUAUUUUUGGAAAAGCUAAA